AUGGGCCGUGGACCAAAGAAGCACCAAAAGCGCUUGAGCGCUCCUGCGCACUGGCUCUUGGACAAAAUGUCCGGGACGUACGCUCCCCGCGCCUCUGCCGGUCCUCACAAGCUGCGUGACUGCAUGCCUUUGAUCGUGUUCAUCCGUAACCGUCUCAAGUACGCUCUCAACGGCCGCGAGACCAAGGCCAUCGUCAUGCAGCGCCUCGUCAAGGUCGAUGGCAAGGUCCGCACCGACCCAACCUACCCUGCUGGCUUCAUGGACGUUAUCAGCCUCGAGAAGACUGGCGAGAACUUCCGUCUGAUCUACGACACCAAGGGUCGCUUCACCGUGCACCGUAUCCAGGCGGAAGAGGCCGAAUACAAGCUGGGCAAGGUCAAGCGCGUUCAGCUCGGCAAGGGCGGGAUCCCAUUCUUGGUUACGCACGAUGCGAGAACCAUCCGCUACCCUGACCCAGUGAUCAAGGUCAACGACACUGUCAAGAUCGACCUUGCCACUGGCAAGAUCCUUGACUUCAUCCGCUUCGACACUGGUGUUAUCGCUAUGGUCACUGGUGGUCGUAACAUGGGUCGUGUUGGUGUCAUCACCCACCGUGAGCGCCACGAUGGUGGUUUCAACAUUGUCCACAUCAAGGACGCUGUUGACAACACCUUCGCUACCCGUGAAAGCAACGUCUUCAUCAUUGGACAGGAUAAGCCAUGGAUCUCCCUGCCCAAGGGCAAGGGUGUCAAGCUCUCUAUCGCUGAGGAGCGUGACCGCCGUCGUGCCUAUGCUAUUGCUCAGGGUCACUAAAUGUGCUCUGGUAGGUAUUGUAGGAUGAACACGAAAACCAAAAAUUAGAUAAAACCCCUUUUACAAGAUACCCUGUCUCGAGAAUUCACAUCUCAGGCAGAAAAAACAUCAAGUCGAUUCAUGGGUUGAAAAAUGACUCAAUUGACGAAUGAACGAUACCAUAACCACGGAACGCACGUGUUUCUAUGUGUUGUUCAACGUGGCACGACAAUAUUCAAUAGUUAGGACGGAAUUAAUUUCUUUCUUGUUCAGUUGGGGUAAUGGGC